AUGGACGGGCUGAUUUUGGAAGGCAAGGACGACGGCAAGAGCAACAAGGUGCACAUCCGUAUGCAGCAGCGCAACGGUCGAAAGAGUUGGACCACGGUCGCCGGCUUCCCCGAGUCGGUGCGACUCCCGAAGUCCGGGAAGGUGCUGCAGGUGGAUUUCGAGAAGAUCUUGCGAGCGCUGAAGAAGACCUUCAAGACCAAUGGAGUGCAUCACAGGGACCCUGAUCAUGGCAGCGUGCUGCAGCUGCAGGGAGAUAUCCGCAAAGACGUAGCAGAUUGGCUGGUAGAGGUCACAGCAAUCAUCACCAAGGAUCAGAUCAUGAUCCACGGAUCCUAG